AUGACUGAAGGAAUUCUAGACCUGUAUGUGGACGUGGUUUCGCCAUUUGCCUAUCUGGCCUAUCAGGUAAGGAAUUGGCCGGAUUGAUGGCCAAGUCAAGGUCAUAAGGAAAGCUCAAAAUAUGGGAUUUUCCUUCUACGGGGGACCUGAUCCAGUGGCAAAAAACGCGCCAUUUUGAAUCAGGGGAGUAUCAAAAAUGUGGAAAAAUGCUUCCCUCUCCAGGUGAAAAAAAACUCCGAUUUCAACAGUGUGUCCACUCUUUUUGUGAGGGAGAGCCCUUCAAAGCAAUUUUUUUCACUUGGAAAGGGAAGCAUUUUGCCGCAUUUUUGAUGCUUCCCGGAUGCAAAAUGGUACGUUUCCUGCCACUGGAUCAGGUCCCCCACUGUAUUAUUAGAGAGUUUAUGCCCUAUUCUCAUCCCUUAUUCGAUAAUCUUACAGUGAGAAACCCCAUGUUUUGAAUUAUCAUUCAAAAUCCUCAAGCUUUCUAAAACUGUUCCAAAACUUCCUCAAAAAAUCAAACCGGAAAUUUCAGCUAAUGUCUUGAUUAUUUUCAGAUAAUCAAGGACCAUGAAGCCAGCUUGAAAGUCAAAGUUAACUACCAUCCCGUCUCAAUGGCCGCCAUUUUUCGGCUGACCAAGAACACUGGGCCCGCGUUGGUCCCACUGAAAUUCCAAUAUCUCCGAAACAACCUUGUUCAACUCUCUGAAUUUUGGGAUAUGGAUCCAGUAAUUUUACCAGCUGUAAGUAUACUAUCCCGAAACUUUGUCGAGGAAAAUUCUCAAAAUUUUGAAAAUUACGAAAAGUUCCAAUUGAUACAAUUAAAUAUUUAAAAAUUUUUUUUCAGUGGUUCGAAGAGCGCGCUCCCACAAUGUCGCCAAUCCUCCCUCUACGUGUUAUAACGUACAUUCAACACAACUACCCCGACGAAUUCGACCGAACAAUCCGCGCUUUCUGGAGCCGAAUGUUCAACGAGCACAAGACAAAUUUCCUUCCCGCUGAUGUGGAAGCACUCCUUGAAGAGCUCGGAUUUGAUCCGGAAAUUGUCAACCUAGCCCAGUCCGAGGAGAACAGACGCGUUUUACGCGAUAACGUAACGAAUGCUGUUCGACAAGGAGCCUUUGGAGUGCCCUAUAUGAUGUUGAAGCGGCCCGGCCGGGAUUCGCAAGCAUUUUUUGGCGUCGAAAGCCUACCGCUCAUGUUCAAGGAGUUGGGUUUGGUAAAAAGCGAGCCAGUCAUCCACGCAAAACUCUAA